CCCUUUUCUCACAACUAACACAGCGUUGCAGCUACCCCAUGUGGAAAACAUUGGGUGUAUGAGGCAUGUUAUUGUAAAAGACUAGCUAGCACAUUUAUGAGUCUACUGAAUCUUGUUAAAUUCUAGCGUGUCCUGAGACAACUUACAAUUCGUUUCAUAUGCUUAGGUUUAAACGAUAAACAUGGACAAAGUCGGUAAACACUCUAGAAAGGGGAGAGAGACGACGAAGAGAGUCUCUGAACCAGAGCCUGACUACGGUGAGGAAGUGCUAAAAAGACACAAAAACGCUCAGGCAGUGACUGUUUUGGGCGAAGAAGAUGCAUCUGUAAAACUUCUAGAAGAUCUUGUUUUUGGUGCUGAAGAUGAUCUUGUGGAAAAGCUGGUGGAGGACAGAGAGGAUGGAGGUGCCACACUUCUGGAUGAUGACGAUUCCAGCGAUUCCGAUGUAGAGAAUGAAGCACGGCUGAAGGUUCAGCCAACAAGGACAGCAGUAUGGGAGGAUGAGGAGGAUGAUCUGGAGGAAGAAGUGGACAUGACACACCGGUUCCGUAGAGACCUGGCCAAGAGCGACGCGGAGGCCAAGAUGUCCAAACAGAAGUUACAGCAGAGGAUGAAAGAACAGUUCCAAAAAGCAAUGGGUGGAAUGCCGUCCUGGGCAGAGACAAAAUUAAAGAAAAAGAAUAAGAAAAAAGAUGACUCUGAUGAUGAGGAUGAAGAUGGAGACGACCUGAUGAGGAAGACGGGCAACUUUGUGGGCUCAUCCGACAGCCUUCCCAAAGGAAUCAUACGGAUGAAGACGUGCCUACACGCCAACAACGACCGGCCGUCUGAGGACAGGCUGACCACGGUGCAGUUCCACCCCUCUGCCCAGGUUGUCAUGACAGCAGGGCUCGACCAGUCCAUCUCUCUGUUCCAGGUUGAUGGGAAGACCAACCCUAAGAUUCAGAGUAUUCACCUGGAGAGGUUCCCGGUGUACAAGGCCCAGUUCAGCGUGGACGGGGAGCAGGUGGUGGCCACCAGUUUCAGGAACAAGCUGUUCUACAUCUACGACAUGAUGGAGGGCAAGGUCAUCCCUGUCCACACUGUCAGAGGUCUGAGGGAACAGAGGGUGAAAGAGUUUGAAGUCUCCCCUGAUGGAGAAUCCCUCCUUCUCACUGGCACCUGCGGAUUCCUCCAUGUGUUAACAAUGAAGACAAAGGAGGUAGUGAAAAGCAUGAAGAUCAAUGGAAACAUUGUGGGAGUGGCUUUUUCCCAUGAUGGCAGCAAAGUCUUCACCAAUUCUGAGGAGGGUGAGGUGUACAUAUGGGACAUGAGGAGCAGUAAAUGCCUGAACAGGUUCACAGAUGAUGGCUGUGUGAGUGGGACCUCCAUGGCUGCUUCCAAGAACGGACAGUAUCUGGCCUGCGGGUCAGCGGCAGGUGUGGUGAACGUGUACUCGCAGGAGGAGUGUAUGCGGCAGAACAACCCCAAGCCUCUGAAGGCCAUUAUGAACUUGGUGACCUCUGCCACCUCUCUCCGCUUCAACCCCACCUCCGAGAUCCUGGCCAUUGCCUCCAGGGCUGACGACGAGGCUGCCCGAUUGGUUCAUAUCCCCAGCUUCACGGUGUUCUCCAACUUCCCCAUGUUCCAGAGGAAAAUCAUAUACAGGGCCCACUGCCUGGACUUCUCCCCAAACAGCGGCUUCUUCUCUCUGGCCAACAGCAAGGGCCAUGCCCCUCUCUUCAGGUUGUUGCAUUACAAAGAAUUUUGAUGAAGAGCAUCACAAGCAGGCUCGUAAUCAACAUCAAGACACCAAGCUCCCUCAAUACAACUACCAUUGUCUUCAAGAAGACAUUUUACAAUGAAAAGGACUUCAAUUGUGAAAUCGGUUAUGGUAAUUUCAUCUAUGAAAGUGUCACAGCAAGAUACCAUGUCUUUGUUAUCCUGUUUUUUUUCCUUCAAAUUUGAGUGAUUACAUUUAAGUGUUCAGUUUUCAAAAUGCUUGUCCUGUGUAUUUCUUUCUGUCUACUUUAGGGUUUGACAAAUGUUUGUAUAAUGGAUAAAAUACAACUUAAUUUCCUUGAUACUUGGCCAUUAUUAUAGUUUCUUCUGUUUCUAGAUAUCUCGGAGAACAAUAACAUUAUAGAUUGACUAGUAUAGAAAGGCUGUCAAACUUGUAUGCACUAAAGCCCUGUUAGUCUACUCCAUGUUGACCUGAAAAUCUGUUGCUUCCAGCCACAAUAAUGGAUUAGAACUCACUGUGAAUUCCAUUUUGACCAAAGCUCUCCUCCAAAUCUGAUGGUGUUUGAAGAUGAUCAUAUUCACACAAUUUUGGAUUAAAUACUUAAUGUUCAGUGCCUUCAGAAAGUAUUCAUACCCCUUGAUUUAUUCUGCAUUUUGUUAUUACAGCCUAAAUUCUAAAUGGAUUAAAUAUGUUUUGCAAAUGUAUUCAAUUAAAUGCAGCAAUAUCUCAUUUA